UUAUGGCUGAUCGUCGAACGGAUAGCAACAUCUUAUGAACGUUUCAUAAUGUCAGAAGCCGAUGAUGCUUCGAGUAAAGCCGCUAACCUAACAGCGGUCGAAGCAAUUUCGGCUAAGUUGGCAGAAGUAACUCGGUUAGCUGAGAAACUGGAUGCAAAAUUGUGUGAAGCUGGUGCAAGGACUCAACCAGUACCAAUAUCAACUUCGGCAUUACCAAUUUCUUCAACUUUAACAUCAACAACUACUACAUUAGCACGUAUCUCAUCUCCAAUUGUUUUAACUAAAUCCACUACGACUACUACGACAACUUCAUCAAUCACUGCUGCAUCUAUCGGUGAAACAAUUCCGACAUUUGUUUCUUCAAACGAUUUUGUUUCAACAUCGAUCAGUGCAAACCCUGCCGACGCUGCCGCCGAUGUUUCCAAUUUAACUGUUUCUAAUUUUGGAUUAUUAUCAUCUACUACGUCUUCGUCGUCUUCGUCGUCGUCGUCUGGAGCUAUAGUAGUUUCGCAUGUUGAAGAUACUAAAACUUCAUCGGCAGUUUCGUCCGUUCCUACUGGUAGUUUUCCAUCGAUGAUGGCUUCCAAUACCUCGUCGAUGAUCACCGAUGAUGUCGCUGAAAAAAAAGAAAUCGAGGACGUUGAAAAAUUGAACGAAGAGAGCACGAACGAGGAUGUCAAUGUUGACGGUUACGUGACAGCUACGGAAUGUUCGAUCACGCCUACGGCAAGAUCUAGAAGUGAAUCUUUCGUGACAACUCCGGAAUGUGAAGAUGUAGUUUCACCAAUAAUACCAACAACCUCUCCUACUUCAGCUUGGUGGAAAUCGGAAGAAGAAUCAAAAGAUACGGAAAUAAUAAUACCAGUUGAAAUAGAAAAAUCUGAUUUAUCGUUGCAAAGUUCGAAAAUGGAUGAAGAAGAAAAACCAGGGUUGCUACCUAUAGGAAAAAUCGUUACCAUUGAAAAGAGUACUGAGGAGAAAUCUGGAAAGAUCGUAAAGGAGGUCACAGAAACGACUACUUUACGUGUCUCACAUGACACUCAUUUAGGGGUAGCUUCUUAUAAAGUUACCUCUAACACGUUGGAAGAUCAUAGACAAAAUGUUGAUGUCAAGAAGAUGCAAGAUUCGAAUCAUAUUUUAAUCGAAGAUGAGAAUACGAAAUUAAAUGGUAUCGAUCGAGAUGAUAUCGAUGUCACUUCUGCCAAAAAAGAUUCAUCCGAGCUUCCUAAAGAGGAAUCGAAGGAAAUUCCGAUUUAUUCAACAACGAGUAAGGAAGUAACAAUUGACGAAGAAAAAUCGCAAAUUAUUAGUAAAGAAACGAAAAAUGUUUGUUCGAUUACUAAAACAUAUGCGAGACAACACGAAGAUAGUGGCAUCGAGAUGUCACCAACGAAACGAGAUAAAGAUGAUCUCGAUGGUGAGGAGUUUUUGGAAAAUGCUAGGAAGGCGAUAAUAGAAAAAAUGGUGGACGGAAAUGAUACGAGGGAGACUAUGGACAAGAGUCCGGAAGGAUCUGUUGAAGAUUCGCGAACGAUUGCUGAGGAUAAAGAACAUUCGCAGGAACAGAAUUCUACUACUACUACUACCGGGAGUACACCUACUACUACCAUAAGUACUAUAGCUGUGCAAAGUGGAGAAACGCGUUUGGUUAUCGCGUUAUUACAGAGUGGAGAAUGGUUACGAUUGAAAGUAUUGGAGGUGCAACCGGAAUUAACGAAACUUGGUUCUUCGGUUAAAGAAGCCACAGAAUUAUCGAACUCACACAAUGAAGUUCUUCUGCGAUUGCAGAGUAAACAAAGUCCGGUUGAAGAAUUAUUACGUCAAGCUGAUCAAUUGAUAUCAACUCAAAGACCAAGGGCUGAAAUUUAUGCAGCAAUGGCAGAAACUUUGGGUCAAGCAUGGCGUGACGUUAAUGAUUUAUUGGAAAGAAGAAAACAAAUUCUUGAUUGUAACGUAUUGUUUCAAUGUCGUGCAGAAGAAUGUGGUGAAAGUAUGAAAGCACUCGAGAUGGCAUGCAACGAUCAUUUGUUACCAAUCGAAAUAGAUGCUGUUAAAAAUUUUCUAUCCAAGAUACACGAUCUUCGUAAAACCAUGUUGGAAGCUUUGAUGGGUGCAUUGCAAGAAGGAAAAACGUUGUUGGAUAAAUUAAAAGAAAUUGCAAACGAAGGUACUUUGGAUUCAAGACCGGAUAAAAUCAAAAUUGAUGCUGAUCAUGCGGUUUUGAAGGUAGAAAGAUGGUUGGAAGAUCUCCAUGAUAAAAGACGUUUAAUCGAAGCUUCAUUUCGUAGUAGAAAAACACAAUUGGAACAAUGUUUAGCUCUUGCAUUAUUGGCUACCGAUUUACGUGAUUUGGAAGAGAUUUUGAACGAUAGGAUUUCUGCCUUGUCAAGUAGUUGUGAUCAAUUAGGUGAUACUUCAUCAAGUGCUGAAUUACUUCUUUUCGAAUUGAAGAAAUUGCAAACUGAAGCUAAGGAGUUUCAAGAUCGAUCAAUCAAGAUUACGAAAUCAACCGAACGAUUGGUGUCAUCGGGACACUUUGCCGGUGAACAAGCAACAGAACAAGCAUACGCUAUACUAGGUGCUGCAGCUGAUUAUGUCAACGAUUUGGAUCAGUAUGAGACAUUGUUGAACAGAGCCGUGGCAUUUUUCGAGGCCGCACGUUCGGCUAUUACGAAAUUGGAUCAAUUGGAGAUUCAACUGGUUACGACAGAACAUCCACCGUUUUCAACACGCUUAGCACGUUUCCAUGGUCAGAUGGUUAACACGAUCGAGGAUGUUACUUCUAAACCUUUGAUGGAAGGAUACGCAUUGCUUGAUAUUACGGGAAGAGGUGCGCCCGGAGCUGAGGGUGUGAGACGUACAGUUGAAGAAUUGGAGAAUCGUAAGAUACGUUUAUUGCAACGAUGUACAGCAAAUGAGGAAGAAAAUCUUGAAAUAUCAAGAAUGAUUAAUAUAUUUUUGGAAAAAUAUGAAGAAUUGCACGUAUGGUUGACCAACAUUGCUGAAGCUUUUCUACAAGGUCAUCAAGAUAUGGGCAGUGAUUUACCAAUGGCCAAAGAUUUUUAUAAACUUCACGAUCAAUUGUUAAAUGAUUUGGAUAAACGUAAUAACGAGGUUGAACAUUUGGAAUUUGAGAUAUUACCGAUACGUGAAAGAUUGGAUGAAUCGCAAAAACAUGAAUUUCAUACGAAAAUUAUCGAAUUGCAAAAUUCAUGGGCUAAAACAAAGAACAUUGUUGCUCGAAGAGUUGAUCUUGGUUAUCUUUAUGUACAAUUUCAUGAGAUAGUUGAAGAAUUGAGAAAUAAAAUAGAAUUGUUUGAUAAUAAUUUGGAAAAUUGUACAGAGGAAUCUAAAAUUGAUGAUUUGAUGAACAAAUGGAAAACAAUUCAAUCGAUUUAUUUGAAAUUGUCGAACAGUGGCAAAGUUUUCUUAGACGAAGCAGCCAAGAUAAAUGAUCCAUAUUUGGAUGUAACCAGAGCAUGUUUAUGCGUGCAAACUUUGUUAGAAAUAUUUGCAAACAGACAAUUAACAAUCACAGAAUCUUGGGAAAAAUGGCAAACGACUAUUAAAAUAUUGAAAGAACGACGAAUCGAACAUGAACGAAAAAUCGAAGAAAGUACCAAGACGUUAGAAUGGGUUUCGAAAUUUGGUGAACAAUUGUAUCCAGUUAUAACAUGUCAAUCAAUACGUAUUGAUUCGAUACUUCGUGAUUUGGAAGGAUCCAAAAGACGUAUUUUACCUGAAUUAAACAAAGCAGUUGACGAAUUAGAUUCAAGAAUUAAAAGUAUCGAUAAUUUGGUAGAAAAAGGUGAGAUGCACGUUGAUCAACAAAUUAAAGAAAAAUUAUCACAGAUGUACGAAAAAUUGCAUACAACUGCUAAAAAUUACAAAGAUUUGUUGACAUCAUUAAUUUCAAUAUUUGAAAAUCUUCACGAGGUUGAACACAAAAUAGAAGAAUCUAAAACAAAAGUUGAUCAUGUCACAUCAUUUUCGAAAUCUUACGACGUUGAUUCAGUUUUGAACGACUUCGAAACGAACAAACGAACGAUUACGGAAUCUUUGAAACAUAUUCAAACAGAAAUUGAAAUAAUCAUUGGUAAAAUUAAAUUAUUGGAACCACCGGAAGCUGCUUUACAGGAUAUUGACAAAUUAAGAUUAGCAUUGGACAAUGUUGUUUCACCUUUUCAAACAUUUACCGUUCAAACUUUAACUCGUAUUGAAGAACAUCGUAGAAUUUGUAUCUUCAGUGAAGAUCUUUCACGAAUUGAUUCGGAUUUGCGAGAUUUAAAUGAACAAUUGCAAACGGUUGAUGCAAGAUUUAACGAAAAUUUGCAAGCUGCCAAAACUGCUGCUAAUGCUUUCAAUCAAUUUGAAGCAACCAUGACGAUGUUGGAACAAAGAAUUGAUGUAUUUGUUAGAACAACUGAAAAAACCAUUGUGAUUUCAACCCCGCACGUUAGAAACGAUUUGACAUCGUUGAAAGAAAGAUGGAGGGAUUUGAAAUCACGUAUGGAAAAUAUUAAAAAACGUAUGGUUUUGUGUAUACAAUAUUUCGAAUUAUUGGAAGAAGCCAAAGAAUGGUACAGAGAAGGUGGUAAACUUUUGAUAGUAAUCGCUAGAAAAGCAACAAGUGUUAAAGUUCCAAAAGAUGCUAUGGAUUUACUUCAAGAAAUUGAAAAUUAUUUAAAACCUGGUGAACAAAAUCAAGAUAAUAGAAUCGAAAGAUUGAAAGAAUUGUCAACACUUACAUUUGGCAUUGACAGAUUACCACAGUUCAAUGAAAUUAUCGUUGAAAAUCGUCAAAUGUUGGAUUCAUUCGCUGUAAUUUCAUCAGAAUUGCGUACAUUGAUUCAAAAUUUACAAAAUGCCGAAGAUUUGAGAGAAAAAUUGAGAAUAGAAAAGUUAGAAGCUGACGAAAAGUUGCAUGCUGUUAAAAAAGAAAUGGCAGCUGCUGAAGCAGCCAGGUUGGAAGCUGAAAAUGCGAGAAAAAUUGCGGAAAAACUUGCAGUUGAAACUUUGGAACGUGCAGAAAUAGAAGCUAAUAGAUUGAAAGAAGAACAACUCGCUAAAAUUGAAGCACAAAAAGUUUCUACACCAACACCAACACCACCACCACCGAUGUCAUUUUCUGUAUCGGCUCAAACGGAUAAAUUUGAUGGUGCAGAUGAAAAAUAUAUUCAUGAAACUCAUACUUCGGCUGUUACCAAAAAAGAAAUUCAUAUUUUGGAAAAGAUGAAAAUAGAAAAGAUUGUACCAAUUGUUCAAAAAGAACCAAGCCCACCAAAACAAAUGAUAGUUGAAGAAUCCCAUAAAACAAUGGUGUACGAAACUGAGGAAAAAGUAUCCCCAGAAUUUACCAUUCCAUUGAACGAUGCAACUGUUCAAGAAGGUGAAAGAUUUACAUUUGAAUGCCGUUUAAUUGGUUAUCCAAUACCAGAAGUUGUUUGGUAUAAAGAUGGAAUAUCAAUUUUAAAUAAUCCUGAUUAUCUUACAACAUUUCAUCAAGGAAUUUGUACACUUACGAUUGAAGAAACAUUUGCAGAAGAUUCAGCAAAAUUCACUUGCAAAGCAUUCAAUAAUUUUGGUUCUGCUGAAACAUCUGCAACAUUAACAGUAAAAGAAACUGCACCGGAGGAACAACCAAGUCCUCCAGUUUUCAUCAAAGAAUUAAAACAAUCAACUGCAAUUGAAGGUAAUUCGUACAGACUAGAAUGUACAGUUGAAGGUAAUCCAUUACCAACAGUUCAAUGGUACAAAAAUGAAACCAAUAUUGAUAAUUCUCCUGAUUAUAUUAUAACUUAUAACAAUGGGGAAGCUUGUAUGAGUUUUGAUGAAGUAUUUUUAGACGAUAAAGGAAUUUAUACUUGCAAAGCAACCAAUAGGCUUGGACAAGUGUCUACUUCUGCAGUGCUUGAUGUUAAAUCCAUAGAAACGUCUACAGAAAAACCAUAUUUCUUGAUACCAUUGUCAAAUGCUAUGGCAAGAGCUGGACAAAGAGUUAAAUUGGAAUGUGAAGCUACUGGUAAUCCAAUGCCACAAUUAUUUUGGACUCAUGAUGGAAAACCAAUUGAUGAGACCACUCACACCAAAAUACAAACGGAGAGUGGUCGUACAAGUUUGAUCAUUUCCGAAGCAUUUCCAAAAGAUGCUGGUUGUUAUACGGUGACAGCUAAAAAUGAUAUUGGUGAAGCCAGUGUAUCCUGCAAUGUAUCCGUCAAAGGACUUUUACGUCGUGAAACAAGCGAUUCUGAAUUUGCUUGCAGCGACAUGGAACCAACAGAACCCAAAAUUCAACUACGUUUGAAGGAUCACGAAGUUUUCGAAGGACAUUCUGUUAGAUUGGAUUGUGUUAUUGUUGGACAACCUGAACCUGAGGUUAUUUGGUAUCACAAUGAUAAACCUGUAAAAGAGUCCGUAGAUUUUCAAUUAUUAUUUCAAGGUGACAAAUGUUCUUUGAUUAUUCACGAAGCUUACGUUGACGAUGCAGGUGUAUACAAAGUUGUUGCAAUUAAUUCUGGUGGUGAAACGUCUAGUCAAUGUACAUUAAAAGUACUACCAAUUGCUCGUAAUUUGGAAGAAGCUGAUGCGAAGGACAAAGAAAUACCAGUUUCAUCGUCACCAAGUUCACCACCAAAGUUCGUCAAAUUGCCAACCGAUUCUUUGGUUGCCGAAGGGGAGGAUGCAAGUUUUGAAUGUGCGGUGACAGGUGAACCAAAACCGGAAGUCAAAUGGUACUUUGAUAACAACGAAAUCAAAACUGAUAAUAGAAUUUUAAUAAAAGAAAAAGAAGAUGGUACGAUAACGUUAAAAAUUUUAUCAACCAUACCAGAAGACAAAGGUAAUUACGUGGUAAAGGCCACGAAUAUUAGCGGAGAAGCAAAAGCAUUCGCCAGAUUGGUUGUCAGAUCAUUGACAGACUUCCGAAAAAAAGAAGAAUUUGUUAAAAUGGAAGAAAAAUUGAUAGCACCUAGUUUCAAAGAAAGAUUUAUCAACAGAUUCGUACCGGAAGGUGUGUCAACCAAAUUUGAAUGCAUCGUUGUUGGUAAACCCGUACCUAAGAUUCAGUGGUUGUUCAACGAUCGACCUGUCCAUGGAAAAGAUUUUUUGGUUUCCGUUAGUGGAGAUCGGCAGGUAUUAACUAUACCAGAAACCGAAAGUUCGCAUGCUGGAACAAUAUCCUGUGUGGCGGAAAACACCGCCGGUAAGGCUACUUGCAACGCCAAAUUAGAAAUCGGUAUCGAACCGAAGAGGGAAGAAGAAGGUACAGAAAGGUUACUUCAGUUGGUUGAAAUAAAACCUGUCGAAGACAUGCACGCAUCAAGUAGUAGUGAUAAACAUUUUACGGCUGAAAAAAUGUCGGACGAGACUGGAUUAUCGGGUAGUCAAAUUUUAACAAAAAUGUCACAAACUAUUACGGAAUCAAAAACAACUCAUACAUCUACGAAAAAAGAAUUUAUAUCAUCGAUGAUGUCUUCGUCAAUGGGAACACCUGGACAAGAACCUACGAGUGUUACUGUUAAAAGUACUGUUCAUAGUACUGAACAAUCAACUUCUGAAAAUAAUGCACCGCCUGUUGUUCAAUCACAGAAAAUUGAAGAAUUCGAAAAGAUAAUUCAAGAUCAACCUGGUGAAAUUCGUCAAGAAAAAACCGUAGUAGUGUCACAAGGAGAGGAAGGUAUAAAACGUGAUGGGAAAACUGCACAAGUACAAAAACCAAGUAGAAAAUCAACAGCACCAAGAUUUGUAUCGCCAUUAACAGGAAUGAUAGUUGAUCAAGGUGCUGAUAUCAUUCUCGAAGGAAUCGUAGAUGGUUACCCCCAACCAAAUAUUUCUUGGUCAAAGAACGGACAGGAAUUACAAGCAAAGGAUGGUGCUAAGACGAGUUAUACUCACAACCACGUACGUUUAGAAUUAAAAAAUGUCAACGUGAAGAAUGCUGGACGUUACACAUGCACUGCCAACAACGAAGUUGGUUCUGCUAGCAGUACUGCUGAUCUUGUAGUCAAAAAAACCAUCUUCCCACCUGUAUUUGGUAGACGUUUGCAAGCACAAGUUGUCAAACGUGGUGACCGUGUGAUUAUGGAAGUUGAAAUUACUGGAACCCCAGAACCUACUGUAACUUGGUACAAAGAUGAUAUUCCAAUUAAAGAACAACCACCAUCAUUAAGAAUAAGACAACAAGGCAACUGUUAUAUAUUGCAGAUUGAUAAAGCUGAAAAAACACAUGCUGGAAAAUAUAUGGUACGUGCAAUCAAUGCUGGAGGUGAAGCACAAAGUAUUGCAGAUUUUGCUGUUUUUGAACCAACACCCGACACCAUGACGGAAGUACACAAAACGGUUAUUUACGAGAACGUUCAAGAUAAAAAGAUUAUUCAGCCUGACGUGAAAAAGGUUGAUGAUGUACCGUCAGCAACGACAACUUUGAAGACUGAGCAGAUAACAGGGAUGACAACGAUCCAACCAAGUUCAAUAUUAAAAACAAUUCCAACUCCUAGUCCAGCACCAAUAACUACAACACCAAUACUACCAUCUUCCUUAUCCACAAUUCGUAAAACUGAAGUAAUCGAUGAAAUUCCCGAAAUGAAAACUUGCCGAUCAGAAAAAAUUUCGUCAACAUUUGAAUCCCAUCAAACUGAAACUAAAUCUGAACAAAAGUUUCAUAUGAAAUUGGAACACAAAACUCCGCCAAUAAUCGAACCGAAAGCUCGUCCUGAGCUAACGACCACGGUAAAAAAGGUUGUUCAAGAAGAUUUUACUUCAAAAUUGAUCGAACCACCUUCUGUUGCGACCGUGGAAGAACAAACGAAAAUCGAAAACGAAAAUAUAGAAACAUCGACCAUUGCGAAAAAAGAUGCGUUAAGUUUUUUCGAAUCUAUUACGAAAGAAAGUGAAACUGUGCCUAAAGGACCCAAAGAAAUGAUCAAAUUGAUCGAUGAUAGUGAUGGAAAGGGUCACGAGGUUAAAGUUGGAAAAUUAACUCAAAGUUACGAACGAUCAACUGGAUAUCAAGAAAUCAAAAAACCCGAACCUAAACCAAUGGAUUUUCAAACUACUAAAAAAUCUGUUCAAGAUAUUUUCACUAAAUUAGAACACGGAUCAUCAACCCGUGGUGUUGAUAAUAAAUUAUUUGAUUUUCCAUAUUCGGAUUACAAAUCACCAUUGUUAGAUACUAAAAAAACCAUUAUGGAAGAUAUCACAAUAUCAAGUUCACCGAUUGAGAGUAGUGCAUCAAUGUUUACAAGAUUAGAAACUAAAUCAGAAAGUAGUGAAACUAUGAUGAAAGGAUUUACAUUGGUACCAGAACCACCACCUGAAAUAGGAUACAUGCCUAAACCUGAUGAGAUUAAAAAAAAGAGUCCCGAGGUACCAAUCAAAGCUAAACAACUUCAAGAAUCCUUCGAGAAAACAUUAUCCCCAAUAGAUGCUCCGAUUGGUGGAGUGAAAAUAUUUCCUACGGUUCCUCAAAAGGUUAUAGAAAGUCCUAAGAUUGUUAAGAAACCAUCAACUAUGCCACCACCGCCAUUUGAGUUAGAUAAAAAGGAAGUUGUUGAAGAAGUGUGCAUUAAAAAGGACGUUCAUGAGAAAAAGGAUAGCAGUAAAAUGUUGAAGGAAGAAAAAAUAGAAUCACCAAAGUUUGUUUCAGUACCAAGCUACAUCAGACCGGUUUCACCUGCAAGACCAUGGUCUUCAUCGUCAGAUGUUGAAACGAGAUCUCACGUAUCUACGGAUAUUUCUGAAUACAGGUGUCAUUCAGCUGCUUCUAGUCAUCAGGAAAUAUUACGAUCGAUAUCACCGAGACCUUCUGUUGAUGGUUUAGCUAUGGAAAAAUCAUGGGCUAAGAAAAAUACGGAAGCUACGAGAAAAUCUUGGCCACCACAACCACCAACACCGAGUGAUACAACUCCAACGUUGAUCAAACAAUUUCCUGGUGAAGAUUAUAAAACAUCGACGAAAGAAUUUAAACAGGAAACUGAACAGACACCUGAUGGUGGUGUCAAAAAGACUAGUAUUGAAUCAUCGAGUAGUUUGGAAAAACAUUCUUGGAGUAGUAAACAAGAAUCGAUGGAAAAAAUUGUAGAAAAAGCUCCGUCCCCAUCUAAAGUGGUACCACCGAUCAUUUACAAAGCUGAAACAAUUAAAGUUGAUCAUGCUAUCAAUACGAUUCAAGAACAAUCAAUGCGUGAAAAGUAUUCAUCAGAAUGUGACGUACAAAAACAAUCGAGUUCGGAAAAAAUAGUUGAAGAAUAUUCCUUGAAGAGUCCUUGGUCUGUUGGAACGGAUUUGAAAGCACCAGGAUUGGUGAAAAGUGUUGAACCACCGAAAAAAAUAUACGUUCCACCUACUCAAGAAUCAUCAAAAAAAAUGACAGAAUCUUAUUCGUAUGAUUCGGUUAUUUUAGAACCUGGUCCACCACCGGAAAUUGGCUAUGUUCCACCACCAAUGGUAAAAGAGAAAAAAAUAGAAAUGUCAGUGGAAACCAAACCAGCUAAGAUACCACCGAGUACUAUUAAAACAAUACCAUCGUCAGUUUUACAAAAAAAGGAAGAAUCACCACCAGUCUUACCACCCAAAGAUGUUAAAAUGACGCCACCACCGUUACCUGCUAAACAACAAUCAUCUUUGGAUAAUUUAGAACCAUUUCCGUUCAAACCAUCACCGUCACCAACUCAAACGAAACCAGUCACGAAAGUUGUACCACCUGUUACGACCCCAACUAAAUUUGUCAAAGGAACUUUCGGCAGUGAUUACGAAUCUGACAUGGAUAUUCACGUUAAACCAAAAUGGCGACCGUACGAAAGUGACAGUGAAGAACCACGUUAUCGUAGAGUACAAGCACCAGUUUCCAAACAAACGGUUAGACCAAGAUCAACCGAACCUGAACCAUUACCACCAUCCAAAUUCGACACGCCACCGGUUGAAUUUUCAGGUCCAUCCAAAUCUAUGCUGACUGAAGAAUCUCAACAGAAAAUGUAUAAGAAAACAACAUUCAAACGUCACGAAAGGGAAACAACCAAACAACAGCAACAACAACCGAAAUAUCAACCACCAAUUCAACCACAAACUCCACCAAUCGUUUUAAAACCAGGUUCCCCGCCAAUUUACGUUCAACCUUCAACAAUCAGCAAACCUCAGCCACCUAAAUCUCCACCAACAAAGAAACCAGAGUCUCCUAAAUUCAAGGUUAAAACUUUCCAACAGGAGAGUGGUUACAUGGCGGAUACUGAUGAACCAUUGCAACAAAAAGCAUCCAAUAUUACCAUUCAAAAAAGUUUUGGCAAACAUGAUGGUUCGACUAGUUCAACCAGCAGUUCACACAUGGAAUCUCGUACGUCGUAUUCUGAAAGCAAAUCUGAAUACUUUGAAAGUAAAAGUUAUCAUAGUCAUCAACAACAACAGAAAAAAGAAAUAUCAUCAUUCGUUCCAAUUACUACUAUUACAACACCAUCUCCUAGUUCUUUUCCAAGUCAAAAACCUACCCCACAACAGAGAACUUCAUUUGUUGAGAAGACAUAUUCUUCAUCGAGUGGAACCGAGCCUACUAAAUUAAAAACUUCGAAGGAGACAGUUUUUACCACGGAUCAUUCUACCCAUCGUAAAAUGGAAUCAACGCGCAAAGUUCAAGGACCCUCUCCAAGCCCUUCCAAAUUUGUCAAGGGCGAGUUUCGUGAGAGCGAUUACGAAAGUGAUUACGAUGGUAGAAUAUCAUCAGUUUGGAAACCUCGAACAACCAUUGAAACCGAUGAUCGUUCCUUUAAACCGGUGAAACCUACUCUAACUGGUCCAGGAAAAUCAAAGGAACCGAUCGUAUCAACAUUGCAACCUGAUAAAAUAAUUGAAAAAACAUCAACGAAAGAACAAUACGAGCAAGAUAAUCGAAUGGAAGACAGAUCAAUGAUCGUUACUACACCAACUAGAAUUAAACAAGUAUUGUUACCUGGUUCACCACCUGAAAUUGCAUAUGCACCACCUCAAGGUCAAGAAACUUAUUACGAAGCUCGUGCAGGUAUGCCUUAUCACAAUGCGAUUGGUACGGAAACUAGGAAAACCGUUCGGAUGGAUGAAUCGACGGAAAAUAGUAGAAGAAUCGUCACGGUUGAACAAACUAGUCGUGUUAUCAAGUUUGGUGAUAAACAAAAAAGUAGCAGUGAUUUAGGAUCAUCGAUGGAUGAUUCUACGAAAAAACAACAACAGAAAUCUUAUUAUCGAGUACCAACACCUAAAAAAUUCGUACAAGGUCAAUUUCGGGAAUCAGAUUAUGAGAGUGACGUUGAUUCCAGUAGAAUCAAACCUAAAUGGGCACCUGCCGACAGUGAUUCGGAAGAUCCAAGAUACAGAAGGGUACAACCACCUUCUGGUAAAAGUGUUAGGUCAAGUAGUCUUCCGGUUAGACAAGAACACGUUGUAUCACCGUUGGAAUUUGAUACUGGACCACCAACACCAUCAUCAACUAUGAAAAGACAAACAUCGAUGACCCAAUUACGUGAUGAUAUUAGAACAAGCAAGUUAGAAUCAACUAAGUUUCAACAACAACCAUUUACUAGACAUGACGAAUCAAUGUUGCAACCUGGCUCACCACCGGAAUUUGGUUUCGUUUCGAGGACCGACGUCAAAAAGGCUGCCAAUCACGUGGCGUCACGUCAUAUGAGCGACAUGACGAGUACCUUCAAAUCGAAGACCGAAAAAUUCGUAAGCGACAUCCAAUCGGAUCUGAAGCAAGGUAAACCAAUCUUAAAACAUCCUGCUGAGAGUCGUGUUAGCGAUGGUGACGAACCACGGACUUAUAGAGAAGAAUCUCGGGUUGCUGAACACGGGAUGAAGCAAAUCGAUCCGGAUACUGGAUUAAUAUACUUCAAGUAUGAUUUCGGUUAUGAAUUUGGCAUCGUAUUACCGGGCGAAGGUAAAAAAACCAUAACCAGUACCAACAAAACGAUUCAAGGUCAAAGACGAGCAAGUGAUAUCGAGGUUCCAAUAGUACACGAAUUUACAACCAAAAAAGAAAAUGGUUAUGCUAAAAAAGAAAGUAGUAACAUUUCAUCGUCACGUGCAACUAAAUCAACGAAAUUUGGACCAUCAAAAACAGUUAAAUGGGAACCAACAUCUGAGAGUGAAUUUUCUGAAGCUGAAGAUACGAAGAAUGCUAGAAGAAGGUAUCCAGGGUUUGGUGGAGAUAAUACAACUAUGCCAGCACCACCUAGUUUGGUAAUACCAUGUUCACCGUCACCGUCCAGAUGGGAUCACACCACGCCUAGCCCACUUUCCCUCAGUCCAAGUUUGCCGAGUCUUUCUCCCCGAUACAGUAGUGCAACUGGACCACCAAGCAACGUGGAUUCUGCAGGUUCACCAUGGCCAACGAGUAAUGGGGUUUCAUCAGCUAAAGAAGUAAUUCAACCUUAUCUUGAAAUAUUACCAAAGAAAGCACCUCUCUUUAUCACGCCAUUGAGAGACAUCGCUGUUGUGAGUGGACAAACCGCUAGAUUCGAGUGUAUUGUUCAAGCAGAACCACAACCAAAUAUUUUAUGGUCAAAGGAUGGCAGAAUCAUUGAAAAUUCAACCAACUAUGAAAUACAUUAUAGAAAUGGUGUAUGUCGUUUAACCAUUGCUCAUGCUUAUCCUGACGAUGCUGGGACUUAUGCUUGCACUGCCACAAAUGGUUUAGGCUCAACCGUAACUUCGUCAACCUUGCAGGUCCCAGGUAACAGACGAUCAAUAUACGCACCCAUUUAAUGAUGAUGAUGAUGGAAAAAGGUGUUAGUAUAUUAAAAAAAUACGAAGGUGGUACAACAACAACCAAACUUAAAAAUGUAAUGGUAAAGCUUAUGGUAAUGAGGGGUGGUGGAAAAUGUUUUCUAACCUUCUAUUAUCGUCCAUGGGGAAUUUGAAAUUGUUAAUUGAAAUUAUGUGUGUUUUCAUGAUAGCUUGGGAUAAUUGUUUUCAAACUCAACUCUCAUAUCUUUCAUCAAUUUUGAAAAAUCGUAAAACAAAAACAAAGAAAGAAAUUUAAAAAAAAUUAAAAUU